AUGGACACCAGCAGCCAAACCAGCAGCCACACCAGCAGCCACACCAGCAGCCAAACCGGCCGAAAGAUUCGCUAUAGCGGCGAUCUCGAGCUGCGUCUGGACUUUGAUAAGGAUCCACUCGCUCGCCCCUCGAACAUGUUCCGAAACCCGGAUCACAAUCCGGAUGUAUGGCUCAAGCAGGCCAAGCGCAACUCGCAAAUCCUGACACUGGAGGAGCCGCUGAGCUCGGACCCAUCCAACCCGUUCGGUGACAGCAACACCGUGCAUCUGACGCCUCCCACCUACCCGCCGGCCGCCGCACAGUCCACUUUCAAUGGCGUCAGCGACGAAGUUCGGCGCUCGCUCCGUCACGGAUACGCCGAGGGCAAGCUUCAUCCAGCAGGUCCGCGAGCCUUCACCCCACAAACCAACGGUUUGAGCAGCGAGUACGAAGGCUCGCUAUACAACAGCAAGGGCUUUGAGGAGCCCAUCUACCGCCAGCUUCGCGGCGUCCUUUACACCGUCUGCUCUCUGUCGUCGCUGCUGGCGCUGGUGCUGAUGACCCUGGUGGGUCUCCAGGCCCGCAUCUCGACCGAGCUCUCGGCCGACGAGAGCGAGCGAUCCCUCAUCUCCCUCAACUUUUUCGUCAUGGUCGGCGUCUUUACGACGCUCCUUGCGGGAUUCUAUGUUGUCUGGUACAAGGUCCAGUCUCCAUCUCUCAACCGAUCCCACUACUGCUUCAUCAUCAGCGACAAUACCUAUGCUCGAUUCAGCGACCUGGGAAUGCACUUCCUGUUGCUCAUCUUCUGGAUCUCGUCCCUGGCCACAAUUGGAACCUCCAUCGGCCGCUGCACCGGCAGCACCCGAAGCUCGACCUCGAUCGUGCCCUCGGGAUCAUGUGCGACAACGUUUUCGGCCAUGGCCUUUGCUUCCCUCAGCAGCGCACUGCUCCUGUUUGGCAUCGGCAAGCGCUUCUACGAGCUGUGGAAGUCGGGCGAUCUGCAGCGGAUGCUGCGAAAGUAG